UUGCAAGAGCAUCAUCGAGCAGACAAAGUUUUAAAAAGAUAAUUGUCAGACUUCAAAUCCGUGACUCAUCAUCCCAAACGAUUCAAAUCGAGUCAAAAUUUGGGGUCCCAAGAUUAUUUCUAUGUAGGUGGGGUUUUAUCAAAGGGCGCCAUGAGCAUCAUACUCUCGCAGGCAGGCAGGCAGGAUUAUAACACCUUUCGCAACUAAUUGCCCUUAUCUUGCUUGGUGUAGGGUGGAUACCCGUAAUUUGUAGGAACGCUGCUGCUUGAGCUCUCUAGGGCUUGACCAGAGGAAGCCAUGAAAGAAGAAGAUCAGGGGAAGAAAGAGGGAGAUGGGGGUGCUGUUAUGGGGAAGACGAGAUACAAGUUUUGGGCCUUGGGCGCCAUAAUUUUGCUUGCGUUCUGGUCCAUUUUUACAGGCUCUGUUACUCUCAAAUGGUCGGAUGGGAACCUGAUGAGGCUCUCAGAUGACAUGGAUUCCCCGAUCCAUGAAGAUCUCGAUGUCCUUGAGCUAGAGGAGAGAGAGAAGGUGGUGAGGCACAUGUGGGAUGUGUACACUCACAAUAAGCGGGUGAAGCUGCCCCGAUUUUGGCAAGAAGCUUUUGAGGCAGCGUAUGAGGAGCUCGAUAGCGACAGUCCCGGUGUAAAAGAGGUUGCCAUAUCCGAGAUUGCAAAGAUGUCCUUUAGGAUGAUCAGUCUCGACCCACGUCCUCAGAACACUGGAGUGACUGAAGCAAGACACAAGGAGAUCGAAACCAAAGGGGAGGCAUCUCCACGAGAAGAGCAUUAGUUACAUCAGCAAUUGUAAGCGCUUGUUUGUUAUUUUAAAUUUUGACUUUAAUUUGUAUCUUGAUAAGAAAGCUUAUCAAUAGAUAGUGAUUUUCUUUUAGUAUUAUUCAAAGUGAACUGAAGAAAAUAGUAUUCUUAUUUCAAGUAAAUAGUUUUCCCUUGAGUUAUUACAUGGGCAUGGGGUUUUCGGCUUGAAUUGGAUGGCUGAGAUUCUCACUCAUUUGAGUGGAUGGUCUCGAUGGGACCAUUGAAAUUGUGGAUCGUUUGUGCGGUUGGUCCAAAUCUAAAUCUCCCUUGUAAUUUAUUUUACAAGUGAUUAUUUGACAAUAGAAGCUGUAUCACUUGAUCUGAGUGAGUUAAUUGGAAGCUAAAUGAGCGGAUUCUGCA